AUGUUGAUUCUUUGGGGAGUGAUCGAGGCCUGUGUAGGGGUCAUCACAUCAUCUAUACCAACCUUGAACGCCAUGUUCUCUGGUCUCUGGAAAUCGGGUACUUCUGCUACUAAGAUACGCCACAGUACAGAUAGAUACUGUGAGCUUCCGGGUACUGGCAGCAGCCCUGGUCAUUCGGUAAAGCUCACUGGUAUCAGACGCGAGACGAAUAUCGUGAUGAGAAGCGAGGUGGUGGAAGAUGGCUUCCAAGAAAGCAGCACAGGACAUGGUUGGUGA